GUUGAUGUCACGUCCGGCGGCGGCGGCAGCGGCGCUGAGUUUUGUCUCCCGGGCCGUCGGGGCGCGCGCGGUUGUCCCAGGUGCCCCGCCGCCUCCCUCCUUCCUGCAGGACUCGUCCCUCCUGGCCCUGGGCCCCAACGGUGCCCGCCUGCCCGGCGGUCGGUCAGCGCACAGGGCACGGCUUCCUCUGCUUCUCCCGGACCACUUAGUCUCAAGCCGGGUGUGUUUGCACUACUAGAGGUGAAGCAUCCAUCAUAGAGAGAAUGGGACCUGGGGUCUUGGACCAGGGUGUUUUUACUUUUCCCAUCAGGUGGACGCGCAUGGGCAGGAGAUAUUAUUUGCAGCAUUUCCUCCUAGAGGACGCCUUUGUCAUUGUAGUGCAAUCUAAGAAUGGGUGUCCUUAGACAACAGGGACCGACCAAAUCGUCAUGCAGCUGUUUGAAUGCUUUAAAAAAAUAAAUCCCCACACUCAUUACGCGUUUUAUGCUGCUGACUUUUUUAUUUUUAAGACAUCUGCUCCCGAAAGCUUUAGCAUUUCAUUUUCUAAACGAAUCCUAAUCUUUCCUGUGACUGAAUCGGUUCAGAGGAUAUCUUUUCAAUAAGGAAGGAAGCCCUCCCCUGCUCACUGGGGACGUCGCAGGAUUUUUAAACCUAAAGAUUUACUCUUGUGCACAGACGCUGGAAGCAUUUGGACUCACUUUUCCCCUUCGUCUUUCUCUCUCUUUCUGUCUUUCUGUGUCUCCUCCAAGAAUGAAAUAUGACUGAGGACUCUCAGAGAAACUUUCGUUCAGUAUAUUAUGAGAAAGUGGGGUUUCGUGGAGUUGAAGAAAAGAAAUCAUUAGAAAUUCUCCUAAAAGAUGACCGUCUGGAUACUGAGAAACUUUGUACUUUUAGUCAGAGGUUUCCUCUCCCGUCCAUGUACCGUGCAUUGGUAUGGAAGGUGCUUCUAGGAAUCUUGCCUCCACACCACGAGUCCCAUGCCAAGGUGAUGAUGUAUCGUAAGGAGCAGUACUUGGAUGUCCUUCAUGCCCUGAAAGUUGUUCGCUUUGUUAGUGAUGCCACACCUCAGGCUGAAGUCUAUCUCCGCAUGUAUCAGCUGGAGUCUGGGAAGUUACCUCGAAGUCCCUCUUUUCCACUGGAGCCAGAAGAUGAAGUGUUUCUUGCCAUAGCUAAAGCCAUGGAGGAAAUGGUGGAAGAUAGUGUCGACUGUUACUGGAUCACCCGACGCUUUGUGAACCAAUUAAAUACCAAGUACCGGGAUUCCUUGCCCCAGUUGCCAAAAGCGUUUGAACAAUACUUGAAUCUGGAAGAUGGCAGACUGCUGACUCAUCUGAGGGUGUGUUCCGCGGCGCCCAAACUUCCUUAUGAUCUCUGGUUCAAGAGGUGCUUUGCGGGAUGUUUGCCUGAAUCCAGUUUACAGAGGGUUUGGGAUAAAGUUGUGAGUGGAUCCUGUAAGAUCCUAGUUUUUGUAGCUGUCGAAAUUUUAUUAACCUUUAAAAUAAAAGUUAUGGCACUGAACAGUGCAGAGAAGAUAACAAAGUUUCUGGAAAACAUUCCCCAGGACAGCUCAGACGCGAUCGUGAGCAAGGCCAUUGACUUGUGGCACAAACACUGUGGGACCCCCGUCCAUUCAAGCUGAACGCACCCGCUGGUUGUGGACCAUCUGCCAGGCACCACAGUGAGCAUUGUGUUCUUGGCAUGCGAUCUGGGAAACUGAUUGAAUAAUACACUUUUCUUGCUUUGGUGCUCAAAGUGGUUUUUUUCCCCCAAUAAAAUUAUUUAAUUGAAA